UCUUUAUCGCCGCUUUAUCCCUAUUUCUGCGUGAAAAGAUGUGGUCAUCUCGCUAUAGGAUAUUGUUAAUUCUUUAAAAAUGAAAUACGUACACAAUUAAACGCAGAAACCAAAUGUUGUUGUUGAAAAGCAAGAAAGCUGAUUAACUGAUCAACGACGUCAUAUUCAAGACCUAUGCAUAUCUUUGAGGCUUAGUUGCGAUGUCUGUAUGAAAGUUCAACAAACUGUAAACAUGAUUCAAAAGCUGAACUAAACCAUCUAUAACGAUAUUUUAAAUCAGGAAACUUGGUUAGUCCUGAAGAUGAACAAUUCCCGAGUGUAAAUAUGCCUCAUUUAUCGACAUUUUUUGAUAUCGUACAGAGAAAGGAAGAUAUAAAAUACUGGGAAAUCGAUGCAUUUAUCGACACUCAGCCAUUUCGUUAUAUGCGGACGAAGUUCCCGCUGAACUACUACAACCAACUGCUGUUGAUUUUAGCUCAAGUUGAUAAAUAUUUUCUUGAUAUCAUCUACACCGACUCUGAUUUUCUUUUGGCAACUUGGGACGCCAAUCGAUUUCUUCCUGUUGAAAUCAGUGCGACUUCUCAACGCCUUGUUUCCAUGGAUCAUAUCUGGGGAAAUGACGACGCUGUGAAUGAAAUUUCAGCACAGCAAAUGACACUAACUUCUGAAAGUAAUGAAAAUGUGGGACAGAUCGAUUGCUCUUCCGAAGAAAAUAAAAGUUGCGAGCAAAUGAAUAUAUCAAAUGCAGUGAUUUUGCUUGGGGGAGUUGAGUGGAAAUUGUCGAUUGUUGUAUAUGCAGAAGUUAGGCUUUUUGAAUCGGUUUUAAGUAACUGGAUCACUUUUCAAUUUGUUUUGCUUCCCAGGAAGAGGCCCGAACGCUUUGCUGUGAUGGACGAGUUCGUCCUACAGUACGACAAACUUGCAGAGCUUUUAAAAUGCGAAGAAAGUGGAAAUAUCAGAGAGAAUGUUAUAGAAACUGUUCAAAUGGUGACUGGUACAGCAGCGGAGAACACAGCAACGAUUGGUAUCGAGACUACAGCCACAUCGUUAGGUCAUGCUGCCGCUGGAGUCGUUCUUGCUGUGUUUGUUGACAUCGCCGUGACGGCGAGUAUGUUAGCUCGAGCUAAGGUCCGUAAAGACAGAGGAAAGAUCACUGAACAGCAAUAUAAGAGAGAGAUACGAGACCGUUUGUUUCAAACCAGUUGUCAGUUUGUCGCGGGUACCACAGGGACCAUUGUUGGACAGAUUGUAGUACCAGUCCCCGUUGUCGGCGCAGCAAUUGGCGGCUUCGUCGGCAGUUUAGUGGGAUUAGGUGUGAGCAUGGGGGUUUCAAAGAUACAAAAGGCGGUAGAAAGAGCUAGAAAACGUAAAGAAAUUAUGAUGAUUGAAAACUAGGGCGUCAAAAUAUCAUGCCGGAUUAUCUGACACGAUGAAACACCUCCUGUUAAAAGUGUCAACGUCUCCGAAGUUGAUUUCAUUUGUGUUCACCAAAAUAUACCAUCAGUCAUAACAUUUUUUCAUUCUGGUUCUGA